CCAGGCACCUUUGGCUAUGGGUUAUAUCUAUAUUUCUGCAGUAUAAAUGAUUUCCUUUUCCUUUCAAAGAAUCAACUUGACAAAACAAUGAAACUUAUCACCUUUGAUGUAGGUGACAUAUAUUUCUAAAAGGCAUUUACAUCAGUGAUGUGUCUAUGAGUAUUAAAGCAAGCUUAAGAGAUGUGAGAGAUUUCUAAUUCAUUUGGAAUUUUUGAAAGCAGGGUAGCAAAUGCAGAAAACCAGCCUGGUUGAACUCUUUUUCUUGAAGUUGUUCAAUUUUCAUUUUUCACUCACUGGCAAUUUUUAAGUGUGGCUUAAAUCUCCCAUGGGCCUGAACCCUGUGCUACUUACAUUUUCUGUAUGUUCACAUAAAUAGCAAAGCAAUUGAAAAUUGGUGGUGAUUCUGCUGAAAAAUCUUAUGUUAUAUUGCAUCAGAAUUCACAAAAAUCCUAUUAAGUGCACUGUCAUCAUUAUUUUUUCUGUAUAUUUGAGAUGUUUGCCAUCUUACCACAGAGAAUGGGUAAGAUUUGUUAUUUGCAUGGUACAGAAACAGCCAUAAAAUUGGUCUGAGUUGUUUCUCACUCAGAAGAAUGGAAUCCUAUUCCACCAUUUUACAUGUAAAGUAUACUUUCUGGUGUCUCUAUCCUGACCAAAUUAAUAAUGCCUUUUUCUGACAAAUCACAAGCUGUUGACUAAAUAUAGAAUUAAUGAACAUGCAACCACUGUAGGUAUUACAGAACUGAUAUUGACAGUUAGCUGUAUUGAGGAUUAGUGUUGCUCUUCAUUAACACGGAUUCCGCAGUCAUGUACAGCUAGCAAUACAUAGAUUUUUAUCCAUUUGUAAUCCGAUUGUCCAUAUAAUUAACAGAAUAAAAAAAGUGUGAACUUAAUGAUCAAAAUAUAUUUCAUUGAGCAUAUGAACCAGUGAGAUUUUGUUGCAGUUCUGUAGAUCGUGGGUGAUUUAUCCUAGUUGUGCUUCCAGCUGGUAAAUCCUACAUUCAGGUAUUGGCAGUAAGGCAAUAGAUUUAAGGUUUUAUCUAAAAUAUAUUGUUUUCAAACAUAUUAUUUUAUUAGAUGCCAAAAUGUGAAGAGUUACACAAUUGAAUGUAUUUAUUCCCAGGAUCAGCCAUGUGUUUUACAUCUUUAUUGCAGUAUUUAAGUACUUGUAUGUAUCAAUACCUGUGUCUUGCAAAGAUUUACAAUUAGCACUUUAUAUAAAAGUGAUUCAUUUGGGGUUUCAGUGUAUGAUUUUGCUACUUUUCUCAUGACAUGUUCAGGGUUUGACAGAAGCUGUCUUCUGAGUCUUCUGGAAAACGGUCAGAAGUUUACAUUGAUGGGCAUGGAAUUUUUUCUGUGAGAAGACAGUGAAAAAUUGAGGAUGGUUCAACAAAGAUAAUUUGGAAGACUGCCAGAAAAUAUCUCUGGAUCCGCCCCUUAGGUUUAUAUGAUAGCAUUCAGCAUGAGUCCCUGAGUUAAAAGCUGCAUAUAGACAAGUGGCUGUUUUCCGUGGGCUCAAAGAAAGAGAUGUACCAUUGAGGCAUGUCUGCUAGGAUGAACUCCACCAGUAUUCAGCAGUCUGUGGAUGCCAGUGUGACAGCUGGAUUUUCCUCAAAGUAUGGUCUGCAAGAGACAUGGGUGCAAACAGAUUUGUCUUUGCAUACACAGGACCUAGAUCUUUUAGAACUGAUUUACUUGUUAAAGACAUCCAAUAUAUUGGAGCUGAGGCCAGUAACUGGAGAGUGUCCUUUAUGUGGCUAUGUGAAGGCACCAUGCAAAGAUGGAGUACCAGGAUAUAGCAAGCAAAAGAAUGGCCGGCAAAAUCUUAUCGAAGGUUUCUCUAACAAGCCAAUUCUAAACAAUGGAAAUAAUGAGUGUUGGAAACAGAUACAGACUAUGUCAAAGAAAACUGAAAGAGUCCAAUUGAAAACUGCAGACCUGAGGAAAAGAAGACCUGAGAAAGAAAUACCUCCAGCUGACCAUCAUAGUGCAUGUGAAAAUGACAGUUUAACUACAGAUGACAAGUUAAGCAACCAAAACACUGUAUCUACUCAUUCUCCAAGGUUGGCAAGUCUCAACAAAAGAAAAUCAGAAGAUGUAAAGACAAAAAUGCAUAAUCACCCAAAUGUAAAGCAUCAAUGCAACCAAAAUUUGAGCAAGACCUUACCAGUAGACAGCAAUAAAGAUGUUCGUAUUAGCACAGAUAGUUCAGAUCAUGUCCGCUCGCGUUCUCAACAGCAUGCAGUUUUUCCAAGCACAGAAGCAUCUUAUGCCCCGUCUUCAGGGCACUAUUAUUCAGACUCACAUCAUUUUGUUGACAAUGCUGGAAUUUAUAGUGCUGUCUCUUUUGAAGAUACAAAUACAAAUCUUUUGACCUGGCAUAAAGAUCGAACUUUGAACUCUGAGGAAACUUCUUGUAUGCCAAUCGGAAGCCAUCUUGCUUCUGAUGAUUCAUCAUUCCAGUUCUUGCAGUACUCACCUCUAAACACUGACAGGGUCCCCAUGGUUAGCAGUGGCUUUUAUGAUAACCAAAAAUCUCUUUUUCCAAGAUCCACCUCACAACAUGAGAUUUUCUCAAGACAAAAUACAAGGUCAAAUGAACUAAUAUAUCAAGAAACUAAUACAAGAAUUUCUAAACGGGAAGACUCAAAAAAGCUAUUAAGUGGAGCUUUUGAACUUAGUGAUAGCUCAAGUUUCACUUGCAGUGAAGAUGAUAGUAAAAUGGACAGUUGCAAUUCAUCUUGUCUCCAGAAGUUCUCUUCUNAGUUUAUAGAUAUCAGCAUAGAUGGUUUUUGUAAAAGUUUUUCUCGAGGUCUUGCGUUUCUGAUUUGUACUUUCUGUGGUCAGGCAUGGAAGCAAGCAGCCCCAAAAGUGUAA